AUGUAUCUUCCACGCUCCUUGAUAUCGAAACUGUACUCGCAUCUGCAAGCCACGCGACAUCCGCUGUCCCCGCCGGUCCUUAUCCUCGUCGCAUUAGAACCCGAUGCACUAUGUGCGUGCCGAAUCCUGACGAGGCUUCUCAAGCAUGACUAUAUCCCACACAAGAUUCACCCCGUAGCCGGGUACAGUGACCUCGAGAAGGCGGGUGCCGAACUGGUAGCCCCAAUGAUGGAGUCCCAGGGCGGUAGCGGAGGCGUCGUCGUGUGUCUCGGUGUCGGGGGUAUGAUGGAUCUUGGGGAAGUCCUCGGCCUUGAAAGCCAACCCGAAGCCCCUUACUCCGGUGUCGAGGUAUGGGUCAUUGAUGCCCACCGACCCUGGAACUUGGGCAAUGUCUUCGGCGGCUUCCCACUGGAACCGGCCGCGGAGAAUUCAAGCUCGUACCAGUCCAGAACUCCGCAUGGCGUGACGGAAGGCCGAAUCCAAAGAGUAUACAAUCCGGGCAAGGGCGGUAUCGUUGUUUUCGAUGAUGGUGAUGUCGAGGAGGAUCUGACUGGGGAACGCGACGCGUAUCUCGCAUUACUGGAUAUGCCCGAUGUUGAAGACAAUGGGGAAGAUCUAGGCUCUGACGACGAGAGCGACGGGGGUGGGGAUGAGGAUAAUGACGGCCAACAGUCCCCUCGCGCAGGGCAAAAGAGGAAGAGCCUAUCGGAUGGACAUGAUCUCGAGGACAGCGACGAUGAGGACAGCCGGCCUAGACAACGAAGGAGGAGCAAUUCGUCGACUCCGAUUCCAGAUUCCUCUCCUCAGAGGCCUCAGCCGAGAGGAUUAGUAUCAUUACGAGAACCAUAUCUGGGCCUAUCGAGCGAUCCCAUUGAGCCUCCUUCAGCUGCUCAAGAAGCACCAGCUCCGUCCGCUCGAUCGUUGAGGAAGCGUUUACUACGAAUGCGGCGAACUCACGAAUCAGUCAUUCGGCAGUACUACCGAAACGGUUCCUGUUUUGCAGAACCCAUAUCAUCGAUGAUGUACUCUCUCGCAUCAGAGCUCGGUCGCGAAGACAAUGACCUCCUUUGGCUUACAAUUGUGGGAGUUACUUCGAUGGAGCUCUACGGACGCUCCUCGGCUGGUAUAGCGGCGCCUGUAAGGUCGUCAGAUAGGAGGAAGCCCACAGGCUGGCUGGGUGUCCGUGGUGCUCGCAUACGCCAACUGCUGCGUGAUGAAGUCCGGAGACUGAACCCACCAGAAAUCACCAACGGAAAGGUCGCCCCUGAGAAUACAGGCAUAAUUCCCACCACUGCUCGAAACCCCGAGGACACUGGCAUUCGACUGUCUCCUGAGCCGAGGUUUCUACUUAUUCGACAUUGGAGCUUGUACGAUAGUAUGUUGCACUCCCCAUAUCUAUUCUCGCGUCUAAAAACCUGGAGCGAGACCGGAAUCAAACGCCUUCACAAGCUGCUCGCGAAGAUGGGUGUUAGCUUGGCACAAUGCAAACAAAACUACACGCACAUGGAUAUGAUGCUAAAAAGGGAACUCCGAGCAAAGCUCCUCAAGUAUGGGUCUUUAUAUAAUCUUGAUGAGAUGGUUCCCGCUGUGGAUACGGACGGGAAGGAUCGCGGGGGCGCCAAGGACGGCUGGGGUUUCGUCAGGAGCUGGGGAUGGAGAGCAACUCUAAGUGCUGAAGAUGUGGGAGUUGUCAUUGGUGCCUUGUUGGAGGUUGGCAAGCACGCCCAGUCUUUGCCGGAAGCUCCAGUCACAGCCGCACAGGCCUCCCAGGAUCCCGACGAAGGGUUCGAUUUCAGCGCACAAGCUGAAGAGUGGGUGGCCCGGUUCUGGGAAGCCUAUGACGCACUGGAAGAUAUCGAUGCUCUCAAGGCCGGUCUACCUACCGCGCAAUUCCUGCACCGUGCAAUCUACCGCACGGGAACUUCGCUCAUCAACAAGAAGCAAAUCAAGCAUCUGCGUGCUUUCCGGAUGUGUGUUGUCAAAGAUGGACCGGAUGUUGCACUAUUUACCCAUCCUGCUGCUCUAACCAAACUCUCUCUCUGGAUCGGUGAGGCUCUGGGUGAGCAAGAAAAGGAGGCUCAUGGAAAGCUAUCUCACGGCGGACGCGGAACCCCCCUGGUCGUAGCCGGUCUAGAUGAGAAGCGAGGGACGUAUGUUAUUGUCGGCACCGGUGGUGGUGGCGGCCCCGAUACCGCCUUUCUCGACCGUGAAGCAGCGAAACGAAAACAAGAGGAGCGAGAGGCCAAAGCGAAGAAGAAGGAAGAAGCCAAGAAACUUAAACAAAAAAUAAGGGAAGAGAAGCGGGCGGCAAAGAUGGAAGCUGGCCAAGAUGAGGAUGAAGACCUGGAAACGGAAUCUGAGGCGUCAGAUGCGUCAGGCUCGGACGAUGACUCGGACGACGAUGAAAUGGAGGACCGUGACAAGAAGAGUUAUGGCCUGAACAAGUUCGGCAUUGCCUUUGCCGAGGUUGUGUCGGAGACAAGUGCUCGGGUUCGGAUAGACAGCUUCGACAACUGCGUAGUCGAAGUGAGGAAAGAGGAUUUGGGUGGCUUCCUAGAGAGUCUCAGUAUGAAGACUGUCGUGGGCUAA